GGUGCGUCGGCCGGCGUGGUCAGUCAUUCUCCGGCCAGGCGCGGUCAAGCGCGCACUCUUCGUUUUUGACCUGUUUGUGGAAUAUCCUCGCGUGUGCUACGUGGUUUUGUGUUGUUUUGGAUGCAGGAGUGUUCCUUCAAAAUGCAGUUUUUUACAGCCAGUCUUACCUUGCUAACUAUGACAGCAGUCGCGCAAUGCAGCCCUCAGUUUCUUCUCUCUGGACCACCACUUCCAAGAGGGCGCAACUUCUUCUUCCCUUCAGGGAGUAGCUCCUCACGCAACUCCGUCCAAACCCCGCCCGGACCCGAGUUCAGUCGAAUCGUCAACGAGCCCAGUCGACCUCAACCCGGAACAACCCAGAACAGGCAAGACUUCGACGGCGAGUUCAACGAACCCGGCGAAGAUUUCGGAGACGAAGGUCAAGGUCAAAACCGACCCGAUGGUGGUGCAGCUUGGGACUCCAGCCUCGAUGUCAACGGUCAAAAUCGCCCUCACGUGGCAGAAAACCGACCUGUGGGCAGCGUUGCUGGCACUCCCGAGACUGUUGAACAGAACCGACCUGGAAAUGGAGGCGAUCGUACCGCCAGUCGACCUGAUGAAUUCAAUCGUCCUGAUUCACAAGGUCAAAGUCGACCUGCUAUCGGAAAUGAAUUCAAUCGACCUGCAAAUGGUGCUGAGGUCAGUCGACCUGCUAUCGGAAACGAGUUUGGUCAACCUGCUAAUGAUAACGAGUUGAGUCGACCUGCCAGUGGUAACGAAUUCAAUCGACCUGUCAGUAGUCGACCUAACACCCCGUUCAAUCAAGAGCGACCCUUCGGGGGUAACGAUCGUCCCCGACCUAAUCCUCCACCUAUCGCCAGCAACGAGGUCAACCGACCUAAUUUCUUCGACUUACCUUACCCCGCUUUCGGCGGCAACGUUCCUUUCCGACCUGACGCUUUCAACUUCGGUCGACCUCCUUUCGGCCUUGUUCCCAACCGACCUCCUCUCGGGAACAAGUUCGACUACCGACCUGGAGUCGACUGCACGAAGACGGGUGACCUGGGUCGACCCGAGGUCCAGCCUUUCAAUCCUAGUCGGCCAGGUCCCUUCGAUCGGCCACUUUUCACGCCUGGCCCCAGACCCACGGGCAACCCUGGUGUCGAGAAGAAUGAUUCGUCCGAAGAGUCCGGCGAAGACAAAUCGGAUGAAGACCAGUCUGGUGAGAACUCAAGCGAAUCUUCGGAAGAGUCUGUGGAGGCUGGCGGUUCUUCGAACUCCCUGCCAAAUAAGUGGGGGAUAGAGAAUCCCGCAACCCCUACAACCCAGGUUCCCAAGGUCACGCAACCCUGUAGCUGCGCCCCAACCCCCGAGUACAACCCCGUGUGCGGAACUGACAACCAGACCUACGGAAACCCCAGGACCCUUGAGUGUGCCAGAGUCUGCAAUCGCUCACCUGGAGUUCAAUUAGCUUAUCACUCAGCUUGUCUUGGCAGACCAAUCGUACCGUCACUAUCCGGCUGGACAAGCCCCCCUCAGACAUUCUCUCAAUCUCAGGCACAAGCUCAAUCCCAGAGCUCUGGAAGAAGAGUACAAUGGUGAAAAUCAUUAUAUUUGAGCUGAUGAGUCUUCGUGCUACCGCGAAGCACACAAACUUGCGAGUUUGUUGUCAAAACUCGUUAAGUUUUGUGAUGAUUCAGAAACUCUCGUGUGAUAAAGUCUAAAUUCCCAUUCCUUUGGAUGGUAUUUUAGUUUGAUCUCCUGUAUACUGUGUAUACUGCCUGUACAUAUUCUGUAUUUAUUUUAGAUGAUGAAUGAGAAUAAAUUAAUUCCUAAAAACA